UAGAGGCAUCAAUUCGAAGUUUUAACAACAAAUUCAAGGUUUAUGAUUCUUGGUUCUUCACAUAUGUCAAACACAAAACUCAACCAAACGACCAUUUAUGAACGUAGAAACGAUCUAUACGAACAUUCUAGUCACUAGAUAUAUCUACGGGCUUACAUUGAAGUGAAACAAUGAUUCCGGCGGAAAAACGGAGAAACUUCCGGCGAACACCACCGCUUGCUUCGGCGACGGGAAGCUCUCCGGACAGCUUCUCUCAACUCUCUGAACUCUCCUCUAACUAAUGGGAUAAUUUUGGUGUGAUAAUGAUGAAGAAUGCCCUUAAACUAUAAAUAGUUUAAUGCAGAACACAAGAAUCGAUAAUCCACCCUAUGAGUCAUGUGGAUUACGUACCAACCGAACAGUGAACUGUCGGGUGGGUGAUAUCCGUUCUGGAUCCCAGAAGAAACGCCAAUGAAGAAGGUCGGUGAAAAACUCGUCCCAAAGACCGAGGACGAAUUUGAUGCCGAAUACAUCAAAAAGGUGGAGAACUACGCCAAGGCAAUCAACAUGUUGUACUGCGCGGUCAACCCCGAUGAUUAUCGCAAGAUCUCUUGCUGCACCACCGCCAAAGAAAUGUGGGACAAGCUGGAGGUCACAUACGAAGGUACGAACCAAGUUCGGGAAGCCAAAAUUGACUUCCUAACACAAGAGUACGAGAUGUUUAGGAUGAAGAAAGGCGAAAAGAUCGAUGACAUGUUCGAUCGGUUCUCCAAGAUCAUCAACGACCUUCAUGCCCUCAAGAAGACUUACGCCAACAAGGAUUUCGUGAGGAAAAUUCUGCGGAGUCUCACACCCGAAUGGAGAUCAAAGGCUGACGCAAUCUACGAAUCCAUCGGAGCGCUCAAAGCAACCAAGGAGACCGUGGAAGAAGUCUCAAGCGAUGACGACAACGAGUUCGGACUCGUCAUCAAGAAAUUUCACAAAUUCAUGAAGAAGGAAUUUGAAUGGAAAGGAAGAAAGAACGGCGGUCCCCCGAAGUGCUAUGGCUGUGGCGAGAUAGGCCACAUCAAGCCGAGGUGUCCAAAAGGCAAAAGCGGCAAGGACAAACCUGGAUUCAAAAAGCAACGUGCCUAUAUCUCAUGGGGUGGCGACUCCGGCGACGAGUCAACUGACCAAGAAGAGGAAGAAGCCGCCAACCUUUGUCUCAUGGCACACGAAGACCACGCCGACGAAGUACAAGAGGUAUGUACCCCUUCUUCCGACUCUUACACUUUUGAAGAGAUGCAAGAAGCACUUCGAGAGCUUUAUGAUGAAUUUGUUAGCGCUUCUAAAACCAACAAAUCAUUGAACAAACGUCUUUAAACUCUUGAAAAUGAUUUUGAAAAACUAGAAAAAGAUAAAGAAAAGUUGAAACAAGAAAAUAAAUUUUAUGGCAAAAGAAGCGCUGACAAACCAGAAAGCUCUUCAAGCGAAUGUGAAUCUUGCAAAGCUUUAAAAGAAAAGGUUGCAAAACUUGAGAGUACGGUUAAGAAAUUCAAUACACCACAGAAAGAUCUUAACUUACUCCUUGACACUAUGCAUUUUUCUAAGGAAGGAAUAGGUUUUGAUAAAAAUGAAUCUAAGGAUAAAAACGUUGAGCAAAUACCUAGACAACCUCCUAAGGCUCAACAUAAGAAAGGUAAAAAUCAGGA